AUGCUUUCGCAAAUUUUGAAAAUUACAAAGCGAAGCGGGUUUCCAGCCUCUAUUCACAAAUUCAAGAGUUUUUCGUGUGAUUUUUCUACUUCGAGACUUGCACUCGCAGCAGUUAAUAGCAAAAAUGAAGUGCCAAGCACGAAGUUGUAUAUUAAUGGAGAAUUCAUCGAAUCAAGUACUGAUAGAUGGAUUCCCUUGUAUAAUCCGGCGACAAAUGACAUGAUAACAAAGGUACCUGAAACUACCACGGAAGAAUUAAAAGCGGCAGCAGAAACUGCAGCAGAGGCAUUUAAAACUUGGCGUAAAACAUCAGUUCUAACAAGACAACGAGCAAUGCUAGAUCUUCAACUUUUGAUCCGUCAGAACAUGGAUAAAUUAGCUCGAUCAAUCACCGAAGAACAAGGAAAGACAUUUGCUGAUGCGAAAGGAGAUGUCCUCCGAGGUUUACAAGUCGUCGAAAAUGCUUGUGGUAUUCCUUCUUCGUUACUGGGUGAAACAUUGGAGGUAUCCACAGAUAUGGAUACGUUUACCAUUCGUCAACCUCUUGGCGUCACUGCUGGUAUUUGUCCAUUCAAUUUCCCGGCUAUGAUUCCGUUAUGGAUGUUUCCCUUAUCGAUUGCAGCUGGCAAUACAAUGAUUAUUAAGCCGUCAGAACGUGAUCCGGGUGCUAUGAUGUUACUUGCUGAGUUGGCUGCAGAAGCUGGUAUACCGAAAGGUGUCCUUAAUGUUGUUCAUGGAUCUGUUGAUGCUGUUAAUUUUAUUUGUGAUAAUGAGCAUAUAAAAGCCAUUUCAUUUGUUGGUAGUGAUGCUGCUGGUAAAUAUAUCCAUGCACGUGGUUCUGCCAACGGUAAGAGAGUACAGGCAAAUCUUGGCGCCAAGAAUCAUGGCGUAAUUUUACCUGACGCUAAUAAGAAUCACACAUUAAAUCAACUUGCUGGCGCUGCGUUUGGAGCUGCUGGGCAACGAUGCAUGGCUUUAUCUACUAUAGUAUUUGUCGGCGAAACACAAGAAUGGUUGCAAGAUUUAGUAGAACGCGCGAAAAAACUAAAAGUCACUGGUGGAUUUGAACCUGAUGCUGAUCUAGGACCGUUGAUUAGUCCGCAAGCGAAAGAACGCGUCGAAAGAUUAAUACAAAGUGGUGUUGAUCAAGGAGCUAAACUUCUUUUGGACGGUCGUAACCCUACCGUACCUGAAAAAUACAAAAAGGGAAAUUUUGUCGGCCCUACCAUAUUAGCGAAUGUCGAGACUCACAUGGAAUGUUACAAGGAAGAAAUAUUUGGUCCUGUACUUGUUUGCCUAUCAGUUGACACUCUAGAUGAAGCGAUUGAAUUGAUUAACAAAAAUCCAUAUGGCAACGGAACGGCAAUCUUCACAAAUAGUGGAAGUAGCGCGCGUUACUUUAGCCUGAAUAUUGAUGUUGGGCAAGUUGGAGUUAACAUCCCUAUUCCGGUUCCACUCCCCAUGUUUUCAUUCACCGGAAGCCGUGGGUCGAUACAAGGAGACGUGAACUUUUAUGGUAAAUCUGGAUUACAAUUCUAUACUCAAACGAAAACUGUCACUUCAUUAUGGAGGAAGGAAGAUGUUAUGAGUAACCGAGCCGCUGUUAAUAUGCCAACGAUGCGAUAA